AACAGAGAGAAGGUCCCACGUGUCCCCGAGACUCUCCUCAAAAAGAGGAAGAGCUUAGAACAACUCAAAGCCGCUAGGGCUAAGGCGCAGUUACAACAGAAAAAGGUUGGUGGAAUUCUGACUUUUCUAAAACAAUUUAGAGGUGACCUCUAUUGUAUGACCUUAUGUUGCACAUAAUAUUUCAAAACAAGCACAUUGCCGUUCAAAAGUACAGUGCAGGCCAGAACUAAGCUCGAUAGUCGCUCACUAUAAGGAACUUUUCAUGAGGGACUUCAGCCGUGAUAAAUCGAGCUAAAUUUAGUGAUGUGCAGGGUUUCUUUUGUAAAAUCGCUCGGCAUCCUACUUUAAUGUGUAAUUGCAAUUCUAGGUUCAUACACCAAAAGAAUACAAGUCGCAUAUCUGACUACCCUGCGAGCAGAGGCUGUGUGAGCUGCAUGCAAAAAGUAGCCUCUGCCAACAACCGUACAAAUCCAUCCAGAAAUCUGGACGAAUAAAUUAGAAAAGGGGUUUUUUUCCUGUUCUUGACCGGUUUAGAGCACUGCGAAUGUAAUUUCUGGCAAUGGCUGAAUACUCUCCAAAAAUCACCCGAAGGCCUUCCGAAUGUUUCCGAUGUCGAUUGAUUCCGAAAUGAUCUUAUCAAAAUGGCCGCAAUAAUACAAAUCAAAGAAGUAAAUUAUUCUUCCAGAGGCUCAUUCUUGUAUAAUUCUCAUCACCAUGCUUUGGGCAGACAAAGAACUACAUCUCACAACAUAUCAACUUUGGUAAAUACAGUCAAAGUUCUUCACAAGGAUCAAGUUUCACCAAUGUCUGUCUGAUUCACAAUGCUGAAAAAACACAGAGACUUAACCUUUUAACCGUGACAAAAUCAACAUGAAAUAAAUUUGGGUACAAGGGAAUGAACGUGUAUGCCUUGCCCACUGAUGGCGAUUAUUACUGGGAAAGAGUUUGCCAUCAUGUGCUUGCCACCUAGACUAAUAGAUAAAUGAUGUUGAUGGCAUAGUGAAAGAAAAUGUUACUGAAACACACCAGAAAUUUUGAUUCAGACCCUUGACUCUCAAUUCAUCUUUCAGUUUUUAAUGUUAUGAAAGGCGAUUGAAAUUCGAUAUCCUGUUGACCUUUUCAACACAACAGCGUCGGCGAGACAACAUGUGGAAGAAUUUGCCUUAAUGCCCUUGUCACCAAAACUAAUGUUUAUGGCGUUGUGAAAUAAAAUGUUACUAAAAGCACCAAAACUUACGAUUAGACCCUUGAUUCUCAACUCACCUUUCAGUUUUGCUUCUAUGAAAGGCAAUAAAAUUUUAUAUACCGGUGAAUGUUGUUUUCGAGCACAUGCCUUGCUGAUUUUGGUAAUGCAAAGGAGUAGCUCAGGAACUGUUGUUGCUGUUUUUUUUUUUCGAACACAAGUUCGAACGCUCUGUCUUGCUACCUAUGACUGCAAUGUCAUCUAUGUGAAUUUGGUCAUCAUUAGAAAAAUUUUGUUUAUGAAAGCACGUGCCGAUGAGGUUUGACUUCUGAUAAGGAUUGUCACGUUGUGAAGUUCCUUAUAAGCGCUUAUAUUUCAACUCAAACUCAAGGUUUUUCUCAAAUUGAGAACAAGCUAUGGAGAGUUGAUUUGAGGAUCGAGUCUUGCAAAACAGAAAACAAAAGAAUCAAAGAAUCACCCCUGGCUGAUUUCUGGAUAAUGUUACAUAGACAUACAGCUGUAACACAACAAGGCAUGGUUUAUUCACUCAGACGAUUAUAUGCUUGAAACAAUAUCAAUUCAAGUUGUAAAGCGAAUGUUUCUUCGAGGGCAUCUGUAUUAAGCUGCAUUUCCUCAAGGACAGUUUCAAAUACCUGCUCCAAAUGUAGCCUCCCACGCAGACGUUCUAAGGGGUUCGUCACGCGUUCCUACCCCACAAAUGUCUGCUGACUUGAGCGGGAAAAAACAUAGACCAAUCACAGCAGACUUCCAGAUCUGGGAAGUGCACUUUGGACCUUGAGAAAUUGCACGCUUGAUUUUAUAGCUCCAGAAAAGAUCAGAAAGGUCUCAUGAAAGGUGAAGACCUCACAGUUUUAGAACAAACUACUCAGUUAACUCACAAGCGUUCGUAUUAGUGGCUACCCUCACAAUCUCACUGAAAAAAAUUACCUCGGAGGUUAAAUUUGCUGAACGGAAGUCGGCUUUACUACAAAACAAUAACAUGAGGAAAAAAAAUCCUGCCUUUUGUUCAGUCUUACAAGGUAACCCUGCUGUUGCAUCACCCAAUGAACAACUUUAUGAGCAAAUGACAUCUAAUCCAGCCUUUACAGAGAGAAAUAUUCAAAAACCCAACGCUUAUCUCCUAGAUUCUCGUCCGAAGCAAAAAUAUUUGGUCACGUAUCAGAGCUUGUACGUAUGUGUUUGGCUUGUCAACACUUUGACUUCAACAGCACCGAUUGGUUCUCCGAUAAUCUGCAUGUGAUCUCCAGCUGAUAUUUGCGAACAAUGGGAAAAGAAUUUAUCUUUCAGUUCAGCAGACGUUCGUGGGGCAGGAACACGUGACAAACCCCUAAGAAUGUCUGCGUGGGAGGCUACUCCAAAUGCAAACAGACAGUGUAUACUCGUGUACAAGCAAGAAGAUAUCCUGCAAUGGACAAGCAUCCUGUCCAGGGGAGGGGGGAAUCCAGCAUAAGCUUCUUCUGUUUGUGCCUUUGGCUUGUGUGCGCCUUUACCUACAAUGUACCCACCUACCUACCUAUUGACUAAGUUUGAGGUCAUGAUGACUGGGUAUUAGCCAAGUUCUUUUUUUUGCAUUUUUAGUUACUGAGACAAAGUCGAGUUUGAUAAAAAUGCAUAAAAAAAAACAAGGCCAAUAUCCAGCCAUUAUGAACCAAACACGUAAGGGAUCUAUAAGGGAUUUAUUAUAUGACAGACCAGUGCAGGAAAUCCUGAGUAGAUGGGGGUGCCUAUCAAAACACAGGAUUUGCUUCAUCUUGCCCAGUCGCAGAUUCAGCCAUUGUAAUAAACAAGUUUACAUUCACUGGAAUUUUUAUGGUGGAAUUUUGCUUCAACUGGGCUGCUAUAUUUUCAUUCCAGUGUACAACCAAAAUGCGUAUAGUAGUGGAGUACUAUCAUUAAAAAAGUAUUCAAAAUACUCCUUCUCUGUAGGGAACGUAUUAGCUUUCUGAUAGUUGCAGUUGAUUGAUUGAUAAUUAUUUUGGAGGUUAACACUUCUCUUUAUCUUUUGAAAGAUACGAAGAGAAAAACGCAAAGAAAUUUUCAAAAGGGCGGAAAGGUAUGUGAAGGAAUACCGCCAGCAAGAGAGAGAUGAGAUCCGGAUGAAACGUAUGGCUAGGAAACAUGCCAACUUUUAUGUCCCUGCUGAAGCCAAGCUUGCCUUCGUCAUUCGCAUCAGAGGGUAAGCAUUUUGAUUAUUUUUGAAAGGACACUUGCAGAUGUUCACCAAUUAGUCUUCAAAUCAAUAUAGUGGCACUUUUAUUUUUCAUCACAUAAUCAACCAACCAGACCAAAUGUUGGGUGUAAAGGUAAGGACUUACGAGAGUGCUUGUUAUUUUCUACAGAAAUUACAGAAAUUAACCAUGGUAAAGCCUAGUAGAAGGGGGAAGUGACAGAGGAAGCUCAAUAAAAAGAUGGGGCAUUUCUUUUUAACACAGGGACUAAUUAAUAAAAAUAAAAAAAACUCCCCAUUGAUAAGUCUUAUCAAAUGGGAAGUUUUUUUAUAAGAGAGGGGAAAAUGAAAGUAGAAGUUGCCAGACAUAACUAAUGGAUGACAUCAAUGAAAUAAAUGAGUAAUCAUGAUCAACAGGUAAUCAACAGGUAAUCAGAUGAUUAGUCAUUGAUUAUAAUUAUCUGAUAUUCAAUGAGUAAUCGAUGAAUAAUUGGUAGGGCACAAAAUUUUCAGUCCAUGAUUAAUUAUCAAUAUAAUCUCGUGGGUAUGCAAACCUUACCAAAUCGAAAAUAAGGAAACAAUGACUUCUUUGACAUAAAUGUCAUGAUACAAGCUUUUUUAUUCAUGAUCUUUUACCCGUUAGGCAUUCUGCAGUGGCUGCAUUUGUCAAGACAUAGACUCUAAUAGCCAAGAGAGUAAGAGAGAUCACUCGAACUUCUGAACAUUUCGUUUUUGUUAUUUCAUUUACUACCUAAUUAAAUUUGAUUUGCCAUUCUGUUUUUGUCAUGGCCAGCAUGUAUAUACAUUGGUUUUCGACAUGCAAGGUCAAUUCCUAUUUGGCAGUUAUUAUUGUCAAGAACCAUUGACAUAAUUUUUCAUCAUCGGAAAUAAGUUAAGAAAAAAAGUGCUAGGAAUUGUAUGAGAUGAGUGAUCAAUGACUAAUCAAUGGAUAAUCAUUAGAUAAUUCAAUGACUAAUCAAUAGGCCACAAAAUUUUUGGCAGUCAAUUAGUCACUGAUUGCCCAUUGAUUACAGCAAAUAAUCAGUGACCAAUCAGUUGAUUACUCAGUUAUUACUCAUUGAAGUCAUCCAUCAUCAAUUUCAUUAGUUGCAUCUGGAAGUUAGUUACUACAGGUGCUGUUUUAAAAGAUAAACAUUUACCGCAACAAAAAUUGUUACAUGUGGUUCCCUAAAUCUGAGCCCUGAAGGGUUGUCAUCGAGCCUUAACUCUGAUUUGCAGGGGCCCCUUAAUGUAAACUAUUCCCAAUCUAAAAAGGGAAUUUUUUUUGGGGGGGGGGAGAACAAGUAUUGUAAAAGCAGCAAAAUAAAGAUGCUUGCUUUGCUUGCCUCUGGAAAUGGAGAAUUUCAUCGCAGCCUAGAUGACUGGUCCUCCAAAACACUUGCUUGACUCUCGAACAGUGCUUGCUUGCUUGCUUAUGUGCUCGACCCUCCCCCACUAGCCUGCAAUCAUGCCCUCUCCCUUUAUCUCUGUAAUCUGUUUUUGGGAAGAGGGCAUGAUACAUUUCUUUUACAGAUCACAUUCAAAAAAGCCAGAAUGUGGACUUUUUCCUGAUUGGAUAGGAAACAAUACGGAUGAUUUGCGCUGUUCCGAUUGGCCAAAACGCCGCCAUCCAUUAGUUGUUGUUGAUUUCAGUCUGCAUUUUUGCGUGCGUAUAAAUGAGCAGUGAAUACACACACGAGUUCAUAAUGAAAUUUCUGCCGGCUCAGUUUUCUUGAAUUUGAAGAAUGUGUAAAUAGAAAUUUCAUCCAUUGAAAUAUUUUCCAUUUCAUUGUUUACUAAAAAUUGCAGUCAAAAAUUCACCGAUCAUUUGAAUGCAAUUUGAUACCGGCUACAAGUUACAGAAGCGACAAAUGGGUUCACAUUUCAAAUAAUCAAUUCGUGAAUGGAAUCUUGACCUGGAUUGACUGUAAUUCCUUCUUCAGAAACCUGCAAAUUAUUCUGAGCGAUCUUCGCUUUCACAACACUUUUCAGUUCAUGAAAUAUAGUGCUUCAGCCUAAUUUUUUUUCUCACUGCUUUUGGCACAGAACGCAUUAAGUCAACGAGCUUUUACCAGUAAAUUCUUUAUUAUUUGUAGCUGUCAAAUAAAGGUACAAUAUGGCAGUAUUUCAUCACAAAAGAAGUUUUUUUUUUUUUUUAAGGAAGCGCCAUCUGAACGUACUUAAAAAUUUCCUGAAAUAUAUUUCAAAAGAGACAUUAUUCCCGCCAAAGUUUGAUUUCUGUCUGGUAAAUGCUGAUUGGCUAAUAACAUGACAGGUCAAGCAGGCAUUAGAUUAUGUAAAUUAGGGGGCGGUUGAUGGCUUGUUAAAUGAAUGUAUCAGGCGUUUUUUUUUUCCUUCUCGAGCCAAAGAAGCAAAGAAGCAAAAACAGUAAUAAUAAUAAUGCCUGAUCUCAGGUUACUCCCACACCACCCACCUCUCCUUGUCUGAUAUACCAUUGAAGUUGGAGGUCUUAUUCCUGAGUUGGUGAGAACAGUAAAUUGUUAAAGUCAUGUGAUUAACUCCCUUAUUUUCUUUAGUAUCAAUGGAGUUAGUCCAAAAGUGAGGAAGAUCCUUCAGCUGUUUCGUCUGCUGCAAAUUCACAAUGGUGUCUUCAUUAAACUUAAUAAAGCCACCAUUAACAUGCUGCGAGUUGUACAGCCAUAUGUUGCUUAUGGGUGAGUAAGGGCUUCGUUUUCAGUAGUUUGAGUGUAAAUGUACAUAUAAAUCUUGUAAAAAAUAUUUGUUGCACUAAACUAGGGCUAGCAAAUGAUAUCUCUGUAUAAAGCCACCUUGACUCUGAGCUGUUUACAUUUUGCUGAAAUUGCUUUUGUACCCUUUUGAAAACCUCGGGUGGAUUCUCAUUAUGAGACACAGUUGGCUGAAGAUUAGCUUCAACAAGUUUCCCGGAGAUUAGUGGUAGAGCUGUAUCUGGACGAGUAACCAGAGGGUCAUGGGUUUGACUCCUAUUGGGAGCACUCGGAUUCCGAGACGCCUGUCUCCAGUCACUGAAUGAACAAACAUCUUCUACAUGACUGAGGACUGUCAAUUACUUUUGCUUAAAUACAUUUUGAAAGUUGAUUUUAUUUGCAAAUUUUAUUUGCAGGUACCCAAACCUGAAGAGUGUGCGUGAGCUGGUUUACAAACGUGGUUAUGGUAAAGUGAACAAACAACGUAUUGCCAUCACAGAUAAUUCCAUCAUUGAACAGCAGCUGGGAAAACAUGGUAUCAUUUGUGUAGAGGAUCUGAUUCAUGAAAUCUACAGUGUUGGGGAGCACUUUAAAGAGGCUAACAACUUCCUGUGGCCAUUCAAGCUGAGUUCUCCUAAGGGUGGCUUCCGUAAAAUGACCACACACUUUGUGGAGGGGGGUGACCAUGGCAACCGUGAGGACAAGAUCAACCAGCUUAUCCGUAAAAUGAAUUGA